AUGGCCUCCAACGCCGAACCCAGCUCCCCCGGAAUAGAUCGCGAAACCACCACGCCAUUUCACCUGAAGCUAUUCUAUCGCCAAAAUUCCUUUCAUCACCUCUCCGAUUUUCCGAUCCCUUCGUCGUCCGGUGGGACCUCCGCUCCUCCGCUCCCCCCACACCUUCAGAUCUACACAUGGUACUCGUGCUCCCUGCGCGAGCUAACGCAUCUCCUCACGUCAUGUCUCCCGUCGCUGCUGCCUGACCCUGUUGUCGGGACGCGUCUUAGCUUUAGACUGAUAUAUCCCGACAGCAAGGGCCAAUUCGUGGGCUUUGGUGGCUCCGGUGCGCCAGGCGCUCAUGACGAAGGGAGAGGGAGGUACCUCAGCAAGGAUAUUGGGAGUGUGAUCAUCGGCCCCAAAGCGGAUACAGGAGGGAAGGAUUCGUCUACGGAAGUUGAUAGCAGUAGGCUACAGGGUGAAGAUGCCGAUCGCACUUUGCAAGAUGUGCGGUUCAUCAUCGGUGACUACGUCGAAUGUGCCAUCUUACCUCCGCUUUCAGACGGGUCUGUCGCCCCACCAAUUUCGUCAAGAAGCAUAGCGGGAAGCUCAGCCGUCGGUGGCGGGAUGCGGGCGUUCCCACCUGUGAGAGAGAACGGGUUUGGGCGUCCAAGAGCUCUAGGUGGUGGGAUGGGACGAGGAGGACUAGCAAGCAUCCCCAGCGGCGAAUGGAGGAGGGGAGAACGCAUUCCAGAUAGUGGAGGAAGGGCUUACAGUCGUGGACACCUGAGAAAUCGAGGGCGACCGUAUUGA